GAGGAGGCCUGACUAUUUCUGCACCCCUCUCCCCAGGGAAACAGCACAGUGAUUGACAUCUAUCACUGCUCAAGAUAUGAAGUGACUUUAACAAUGUCACAGUCCCUGGUAUCUUGACUACUAUCCUACUCUUCAGCUUUUGAUUUACUCGUUCAUCUAUCUACUCAAACCAAACAAGCUCACUUCUUGCCUUGUUAAAGGUCUCAGGAUCUGAACAUCGUUGCAGAAAUUUUCAGGGAGUUUCACCAACAGCUUAAAAGAUGGUGAAUGAAUACAAGAGAAUUGUUCUGCUGAAAGGAUUAGCGAACCUCAGUAGUGAUCAGUUUGACUGCUUUAAGUCAUUAAUGUCCAGUGAUUUAAGACUGGAAAGACACAUGCAAGAGAAAUAUACCAAGGUUCAGAUUGCUGACAUGAUGGAAGACGAAUUCCCAACUGAUGUUGGAUUGGGCAAACUGAUUGACUUUUGUGAAAACAUACACACUCUUAAAGGACUUGCUGAAAUCCUUAAAGAAGAGAAAUCAAAAGUAAAAGGAAAAACACCACUGAGAAAUAAGAAUCAAGAAGCAAGUUCUGCUAUAAAAACACCAACUGCAAGCAAUACUUUAGCAUCGGAUGGAGGGGAAACUUCUGCAGCUCAGAAAAGAAAAUGUAUGAAUAACGAAAAGACUGCCAUGAAAAAGGCCAAGGGGUCUGAGAGGCUAAAUCACCCUCCAUGUUCUACAGAAAACACAGCCAGUUGCCAGUCCUCAGUAUUCCAGACCUCAUCUUUGGCUUCAUCCAACACUUCUUUGGAUAAGAACCAAAAGACUCAGACCCAAAACCAGAGAAUUGCAAGAGGUGCUGUUUGUAAAAAUGAUGCCAUGAUAGUGAUGGUGCUCAAUGCAACAGAGCCAUUUGCAUAUAAGUCAACAGAACCUGGAGGAAAGAUGAUGUUUCAUGCUACAGUGGCCACUGUGAGCGAGUAUUUCCAUGUGAAAGUUUUCAACAUCAACUUGAAAAAGAAGUUCACAAGAGAGAAUUUCAUCAUAAUCUCUAAUUACCUUGAAUUCAAAGGAAUCCUAGAGAUAAAUGAACAUUCCUCUGUGCUUGAAGCUGGUCCUGUCCAAAGUAUUAGUGUCCCCAUAAGCCUUAUCAGAAAAUCAAAAGAAACUCCCAAGAUUUUUGAUAUUCGCAAGUAUGCCACUGGAACACCAGUUUAUGGGUUGUUUACAUUAAACAAGAAAAAGGUGAACCCAAAGAAUACAAUCUAUGAAAUAAAGGAUGGCACAGGAAAUAUAGAAGUUGUAGGGAGUGAGCAAUGCUACAACAUCAGCUGUAAGGAAGGAGACAAAGUGCAACUCUUCUGCUUUCAAGUGAAAACAAUUGACAAGCAACCGAAGCUGGUGUCUGGCUAUCACAGUUUCAUUAAGAUAAUCAGUAAUAAUCACAGACAAUGUGCACAGUAGAACUGAAAUCUACCUGUGCUACCUGGAACUGAAUGCAGAUUCUUAUACAAGGCUACCAAGGCUUGAAUAGAGACACCAAGCAACUGGAAAUAAACAACAGCUCUAGUAAUACAUCCAAGCAUUUAAACAUCUCGCUAUCUAAUUUGUAAUUAUGUAUUUUCAUUCGCAAAUUUCCUCAUUGCUCUCUUUUUCUAUGAGAAUAAUACUUGAAUUUAAUUUCUCUAGUGCAAAAAUAACAAAUUUAAAGGGACAUAAUUACAAAAUGUUGUAUGUAAUUUAUUCAAUUCAUGGGUUAACUGCUAGAUACUGGUACAUUUGUGCUCUGUGGGACACAUAGGAUGGAAUACACAGAAUUUUGUCAACAUUGAGGUCUAUAUUCUGAUCAGAACUUCCAGAGUGUAGAAUCUAUUAGGAUUCUCUCUCAUUCUGUGGGCUGCUUAUUCUCUCCAUUGACUGUUCUCUUUACUGUACACAAACUUGAAGUUUUAUGAGGUCUCAUUAGUCAGUUGUUGACCUUAUUCUUGGAUGUAUGAAGUCCUAUAAAGAAAGUCCUUCUGAACAGAACAGUGUUAACACAGGCACUAAAGAUCCACAAUUAAUAAAAGGGACAUCAUGAAAUUGCAAAGUUUCUGCAUCACAAAAGACACCAUCCUUCAGACAAGGAAGCAGGGUACAGAAUGAGCAAAAAGUAUUACCAACUACACAUCUGAUAGAGACCUAAUAUCCAAAUAUAUAAGGUACUCACAACUCCAGAUGAUUGAUCAAAUGAGUAAUUCAAUUAAAAAAUGGGAUGCAAAUUGGGCAUGGUGGCACAUGCCACCUAGUACUCAGGAGGCAGAGGCAGAGGCAGGCAAAUCUAUGUGAAUUUGAGGACAGACUGAUCUACAAAGUGAGAUCUAAACAGACAACUCUCAAAGAAGGAAAGUCAAAUGACUGAAAAACAUUUAAAAGAAAGUUUAACUUUAGCAACCCUCAGGGAAAUGCAAACCCAAACUAUUUUGAGAUUUUUAUCUUAAGCCCCACUGAACAGCUAAGAUCAGUAGAAUAAAUGACAGCUUAUGUUGGUGAGGAUGUGAGGUGUGGAGUAAGGGAAACAGCCAUCUGUUGAUAGUGGAGUGCAAACAGCUUACUUCAGUCUCCUUUAAACACUUUCAAUAAUUUUUUUUUGUUUUAUUUUCCUGAGAAGUCUUUUCCAGACACAAAACCAUAAGAUUGCAUCUUUUGCUCCUUUUAGAAAGUUUAUAGUUUAGUUUUUUUCUUUUUAUUCUAUGACCUGGUUUUUCUUAGUUUUAAGAUGUGAAAUGGUAUUUACUUUAAUAUGAAUAUGGGAUUUGUGCCAUCACAACCAUUUUUUGGUAAAACAUGCUUGAAUCAAGAUCCUUUCCCCACUUAUUUACUUCUCACUUUUGUCCCAAAGCAACUUUCUAGAUUCUUUAUUGCAUUUGCCCAGUAGUUCCUCUGCAUUUUAAGUUCAAAACUACACUAUGUCUUUACAAAGAACCCAAGAUAAUAAACAAAAUAUUGCAAUUUUCGAUAUUCCGAGAUAUAGAAAUCAGCAUAUAAAAAACUGAUACUCCUUUGUGUUGUGAAUUAGGUCCAUACGAUAAAUAACCAGACCAGCUCAAGAAUAACAGUUAUAUUUUAAUGGUUAAAAAGGGGAAACUCAUGCUACAAGAGUGGGAGGUCCAGCAUCCCUUCUGUCUGGCAGGCAUCACACAGAGAGAGGCACGUACCUGGAUCCUCCCAGUUUUUCUACCUGGGCCCCAGAUAGUCACAUCCUAACUAGUUAUGAUUGGUUGAUAUAGUUUCCACAUCAUCUCCCCCUUUUGUCUAAAGAAGAUCGAUCCAAACCCAAUACAACUAUAUACAAUAGGAAUAGAUA